UGAAACACGUUCAAUCCCAAGAAAAUAAGAAAGAAAAUUAGAAACCAUCAACGCAGACCGCCGCAGGACUGGGAACCGGAAGAAGGCUCCGAACGCCUCGACCUAGAGGGACGACGAGAAAGCCGUCAACGCUGCUCCCGAAUCCGGUGCCGGAAUUGAAACCAUCAUAAAAAGCAUCAACAUCAUUAAUAUUUGGAAAAGGGAUUCCUUAUCUGGGACCUUCAAAAAAUCCUCAAAUGUAUCCAUAUGAUGAAAAGAUGCUUAGAAAUGAAGUUAUCUAUCUCCACUCUCUCUGGCACCAAGGCCCCCCACCAGACCCUAACCUCAACAACCCAAACCCUAGCCCCAGCUCCUCAAGAAUCCCCUAUGUCCCCAACCCCAUACCCUUCUAUUACAGAUCCUAUUAUCCGCUCUGUCACCAGGAAAUGCCUAACCCAAACCCAAACCCAAGAUCCUAUUAUCCGCUCUGUCACCAGCAAACGCCUAACCCCAACCACAGAUCCAAUUAUCCCCUCUAUCACCAACAAACCACUAUCUCAAACCCCAGACCAAAACCCUGCAUCAGAAAUUCUCUCCAACCCACCAAUCCCACAUCUUUCAAGAAAGAAAACACCUCUACCACCACCACAGGGAAGAAGAGGCUCAGAGAGAAAAGGAUCAAGAAGAAGAAGAAUAAGAAGAUGCCACAGCCUGACCCGCCACCGGAUUUGGGUCCCGAAUGGCCGUGCCCAAAACCCCUAGAGCCGGCUCCAGAAGCAUCUAGUUGGCCUGCCCUGAAGCCUAUUUCGACUCCAAAAUCUUUAUCUGCUGAUGAGCGUGCUUGUUUUGCUGCAAUUCAAAUACAGUGCAAGGCGGCCAAAGCUUGCAGUGAAUUUUUCGUGAAAAGGGCCCAUACCAAUGAAGACGAAGACGAAGUCGAAGACAACAGUGGAGAUGAUGGAGAUGAUGAAAUGAGCGAAGAGGGGUCUGACGAAAAUGAAGAAUUCAAGUUCUUUUUUAUGAUGUUUAUGGAGGACAGUGAGUUGAGGAGUUACUUUGAGAAGAAUUAUGAAACUGGGGACUUCUGUUGUUUGGUUUGCCGAGGGAUUGGGAAGAAGGUGUUGAGGAGAUAUAAGGGUUGUGUUGGCCUUGUUCAGCAUUCGAUUGCGAUAUCAAAGACGAAGAGGAAGCGGGCUCAUAGGGCUUUUGGGCAGGUUGUUUGUAAGGUUCUAGGUUGGGAUUUUUGUCGGUUUCCAACAAUUAUAUUGAAGGAUGAGCCUCUCAGUCGCUCUUUGGCAAAACCGGUCGAGUUACAGGGUGACCCUGAGGGAAAUGAUGAUGAUAAUAAGGAUGAUUCUGUUGUUUUAAAGGAAAAUGUUGUUUCUGCAAAUGAUGGUAGUGGUGAAAUGCAGUCUCUGUCAAUGGUGAGAGGGGUGAAAAUGUUCUCUAUCAAUGGUAGUAGCGAAAAUGCAGCUUCUGUUAAUGACAAUAAUGGUGAAAAUGCAGUUUAUGUCAAUGCUAGUAUUGGCGAACAUGUAGUCUCUGUCAGUGGUGAUAAUGGUGAUGAUAAAGAGGUUUGCCAUGUUCAUCAGGAUAGUUGAUUACGGCAUGUGAGGGAUGGAGACGUGGUUUUUCACGUUUGGUAGAGUGUAAAAGGCGGAUGUUUUCUCCCGAUUUGUGGCGCACGGUGUUUGAUUUCUAAGAGGAGUUCAUGAUAAACCAUUUGCUGUUUUGAAUGGCCACGUCAAUGACAAAAUCGCACUGGUCCGAGUUUUUGGUUUCUUCCAUGGAUUUUCCGGCCUGACGGUGUUGAUUUUGAAUAGGAGGUUUCGAUCUACCGCUACUGGUUUGGAUGACCACACUGGAGACAAAAUCUCUCGAUCCGAUGUUUUUCGUGGUUGUUUGAAGCAGUGCCGAUCUUAGGAUUUCCACUGGAACGGUGGUUAGGGCGAAAGGGGAUCGGCGGUUUCGAUGGCGGUUUCGAUGUUUUUGAUUCUCCGUUUUCGGCGGUAUUGUAACGGUGAUUCAGGCGCUUUUUUCGGGUGUGGUUUUAGGGGUAGUCAGGGUGAUCUUUUAGGAGCGAUUUCUGGAUCUUCUGAAGUCGGCAAAACAUCGAGCAAAUUGGGAAAGUGGGGGAAAUGGUCCGGCUUGUGCAUUUGUAGUUUUUUCUUUUUCUUUGUUUGUGUUUGGUUGUUAAUGCAGUUGUUGUGUUGUUUAUUUAAGAUCAAAACCUAGUAUGCAAAAGCCCUCUCAUAGAUCUAAUAGAGGUUUAUGUUAACGUGGAGGUUUCUUUCUGUUUGUCUAGGUUUUUGAGGAGCUGUAUUUUGUAAUGGUCUUCAUCUAUUUGGCUUGGGUGGAGGAAACUCUCACCGCGGUGUCUUUGACUUGGUGUAUUAGAAAUUCAUUGUAACCUUACACAUUUGAC